AUGGCCCCGUGCCUUUUCAGCUGUUCUGCGCCUCUUCGCCGGAACUUUGUCGUCUCCUCGAAUGGGGGCAGGGCUGGCCUGAUGGAUAUGGUGUUCUUUAGAGCGACUGGUCGAAGCCAGGCCAGUUCUAGACAAAUUUCUUCAAAGUCAUGGAAGCAACAAAGUCAUGAGAAUCCCUCACCUAAGGGCUCUUUUGGAUCCCGACUCCGAUUUGCCUUGCGGACCACCAAGGUAGAGUGGUAUCCGAUCCCAGUCGGUUUGGGUAUCGGUUUGCUGGGUUUACUUCAUUUUUACAAGUCACAACGGGCAGAAAGGGAUCGUGCAGAGAGAGAAGCUCUCGGAGAGUCAUUUGAUUUCGACAAGCCUCCUCCGCGCCCGAGAGUCAGGCCCAGCGGCCCAUGGCACGUUCAAAUCAUGGCGACAUUGCCCCUGAAAGCCAUGUCACGCUGGUGGGGACGCUUCAAUGAACUAGAACUUCCUUACUAUAUUCGCGUUCCCGGUUUCAAACUCUACUCCUGGAUCUUCGGCGUUAAUCUGGACGAGGUAGCCGAGCCAGAUCUUCACACUUAUCCGAACUUGGCGGCCUUCUUUUAUCGCAAACUGAAGCCAGGUGUCCGCCCUAUUGAUCCCGACCCGCGCGCCAUUGUGUCACCAUCGGAUGGACGUAUCUUGCAAUUUGGCCUUAUCGACCGUGGAGAAGUGGAGCAAGUCAAGGGAGUUACAUACAGCUUGGAUGCCCUGCUGGGUGCUGCUACGCCGACCAACGCCGACCACAGCAAGAAGUUCACAAAUCAUAUGCAGGAACCAUCUCAAAAAGAUGCAGCUAAUAUGAUUGCCGAUGAAGAAUUUGCCCAAAUGAAUGGUAUCUCUUACACACUGCCGACCCUCCUCGCAGGUGAUGAAGGUGGAGGAGCCCGGAGGAGAGCGGCUUCCUUGGACGCCUCCACCAAAUCAGAGGCCAUCUCAGAAGAUUUAGUCAAGGCUGAUCUUGCUCGUGGCGAUGGUACUCCUUGGUACACUCCUAAGCCAGCCUCGAACAAUGCGCUCUACUAUGUGGUCGUCUAUCUUGCGCCUGGCGACUACCAUCGUUUCCACUCCCCCGUGCCGUGGGUUGUUGAGAGUCGCCGACAUUUUGCGGGUGAAUUGUAUUCCGUGUCACCAUACCUUCAACGCCAUCUUCCCGGUCUCUUCACCCUGAAUGAGCGAGUUGCUCUGUUAGGUCGCUGGCGCUGGGGCUUCUUCAGCUAUAUCCCUGUGGGCGCCACUAAUGUGGGCUCCAUCAAGAUCAAUUUCGAUGCGGAAUUGCGCACGAACAGCCUUUUGACAGACACCGCUGCAGAUCGAGCUGCAGCUCUUGCUGCGCAAAGAGGCGAGCAAUAUCCCGGUUUCGUCGAGGCGACAUACCUUCACGCAAGUAGGACAUUAGGCGGGCAUCCCCUCCGAACGGGAGAAGAAAUGGGCGGCUUCCAGCUGGGUAGUUCCAUCGUGCUCGUGUUCGAGGCUCCAGUGGGAACCCGAAAGUCAUUCGACAACGGCUGGGAUGAAGGCAAACGAGUUGGCGGAUGGAACUGGACCAUUGAGAAGGGCCAGCGCAUCCAGAUGGGACAGAAACUCGGAUACGUGGACGUUCCAGAAUAA